AUGAUGAUAUCAAAGAGUAGUGUGAUGAUGAUCAUCACAUUUGUGGCGAUGAUGACAUCAUUGGUGAUGGCAGCCGACAGUCACAAGUACAAGCAUGGCGAUAACAUCCCAUUCUAUGUUAAUAAUGUUGGUCCGUUCUCCAACCCAACAGAGACUUACGAGUAUUACACGCUGCCCUACUGCAAGCCUGAGCACCUGACGCACAAAAAGACAAAGCUGGGCGAGAUCCUCAAGGGCGACUCGGCCGUGCUCUCCGACUACGACCUGCCCUUCAAGGUGAACCUCCAGGACAAGAUCCUGUGCGAGAUGGUGCUCACCAAGAAGGACAUUGCCAAGUUCAAGGAGGCAAUCGACGAAAUGUACUAUGCUGAGAUGAUCUACGACGACCUGCCCAUCUUCUCGUACAUUGGUGCCUCCCAAGAGGACAAGAUCACCAAGACUACAAGAUAUGUCUUGUUCACUCAUCUUCCAUUCCAUGUUGAAUUCAAUGAUAAUCAAGUCAUUCGCAUUGAGAUAGAUACAGAGUCAUUGAGUGGAGUUGAGUUGGCUGAUCAGGAUGAGUUAAAGGUUACAUUGGCCUACUCGGCUACAUGGUCACCACGCGACUUCCCCUUCUCAAAGAGAAUGGAAUUGUAUGAAGACUUCUUCCCAAAGGAGCUAGAGAUUCAUUGGCUAUCAAUCAUGAACUCCUUCUUCUUGGUGAUCUCUCUCACAGGUUUCCUCUCGAUCAUCAUCAUGAGAGUGCUCAAGAACGACUACUCUAGAUAUUCAAAGGUUGACGAAGAAGAGGAAGGUGAUUACCAAGAGGACUAUGGAUGGAAGUUGAUUCAUGGCGAUGUGUUUAGGUUCCCUCCACACAAGAGCAUAUUCUCGGCACUGUAUGGUGUUGGCUGGCAGUUCAUCACCAUCGUUACAGGCAUUCUGUUGCUGGCACUGUUUGGCAUCUUCUAUCCAAACAAUGGAGGCAACAUGUAUGUUGCUGGUAUCAUUCUCUACGCUCUUACUUCAAUUAUCUCUGGCUUCCAAUCAGCCAAAAUGUACAAAAACAUGGGAGGACUGCAAUGGACUUGGAACAUUGUAUUGACUGCGACUAUUUUUACUGUGCCACUGCUUUGCGUUGCAUUCCUUUCCAACACGGUUGCCGUGACAUGGCACUCGACCGUCGCCAUCCCCAUCCUGACGAUCAUCGAGGUGCUGACGAUCUGGGCCUUUGUCGGCUUCCCCCUGACGGUGAUUGGAGGCAUUGCCGGCCGCCGUCUGUCGGGCCAGCUCGAGGUGCCCUGCCGCACCAAGAACUUCCCACGCGAGAUCCCACCCAUCCCCUGGUACCGUCGUCUGCCCUUCCAGAUGAUGAUGGCCGGCUUCCUGCCAUUCAGUGCCAUCUACAUUGAGCUGUUCUACAUCUUCAACUCUGUGUGGGGUCACAACUCCUACACACUAUACGGUAUCCUCUGUCUAGUGUUCAUCAUCCUGAUCAUCGUCACAGCAUGCAUCACUGUAGCCUUUACCUAUUUCCAACUAUCAAUGGAAGAUCAUCGAUGGUGGUGGAUAUCCUUUAUCAAUGGAGGCUCGACAGGUAUAUUCAUUUACAUUUACAGUAUAUUCUAUUAUUACUACCGAUCACACAUGUACGGACUGCUGCAGACGACCUUUUACUUCACGUACAUGUUCAUCGUAUGCUACUUCUUCUUCAUCAUGCUUGGCACCGUUGGAUUCUUCAGUUCUUUAAUAUUUGUAAAGAGAAUCUAUAAGAACUUGAAGUCUGAU